UCGAGUGCGCCGCUUUAGCUUGGCGCGCGGUGUCACGUCUCCGACUCAAAGACUCAAAAAAAAAAAAAAAAAAAAGAAAGAAAGAAAGAAAAAUCUUUUGCGGUAAAAGUGCUGGAAACCCACCAGGAAGCGGGAUCUGAAGUUUUUUUUAUAUUCAGCAGCAGCAGAUAGAGACAUCCCAGCUUUUACCGGGCACUUACAGCUUUUGCGCAAGGGGUUGCCAGGUUGUGAUCCUCUGAGCCACUACAGCUCAAAGUUACAUCAGAGUCCGACUUUCCCCUCGAACUCGUUUAAAAAAUUAACCAGCCGAAUGACAAGUCAAAUCAUGGGAUUAUUCGACUACUGUGAUGUGGAUUGUAAAGCCGUUUGAGCAAAAGCUCAUUUUGCGUCGGGACCAUGUGAGUGGAUUCGCGUCGUGGCUUCUGACGUUUCUGGAUAUUUUAAAAAUCAUCGGCAACAGUUGAAGUAGACGUCCUUUCUGUCCUUUCUGUCCUUUCCAUCAGGUGUCUUGUCUCGUGGGACCAAAAUGGGACUUUAGCCUGGUUAGUUCUCCUGACCCGCAUCUUUAGGAAGCUCUAUCCAUGUCUGCCCUGUUUUCUGAGACUCUCUCUGAUGCUUUUGAACAAGUUCGCCUAUCAUACGAUAGGAUUUUAAACCGACUUUCGCGUUGCGCCAUGUCAGUCAUGAACUUGGCCGUGCGCUUGUUGCAGUUGUUUUGUGUGACGCUCCUCUAUUUCUCAGCUGUCAAGAGUGCCUACAUCCCCAAAGAGAAUGGAGGCAUCACAAAUGAGGCAGUCGUACCCUUUACCGAGGUCUACAAUAAGUCGAUGUGCCGGCCACGGGAGAUGCUGGUGGAGGUCCAUCAGGAGUAUCCCGAUGACAUUGAGCACAUUUUCAUUCCGUCAUGUGUGGUGCUCAUGCGCUGUGCUGGCUGCUGCAAUGACGAGAUGUUGGAGUGCAAACCCACUGCCACACGCAACAUCACCAUGGAGGUACAAAAAAUAAAACCCAUGCGCAUCAAACGCAACUAUCCAAUGAGUUUUGCAGAACACACUGAAUGUGAAUGCAGAGUAAAGAAAGCAAUGCAGGAGAAUACAGAGAAAAAACCCCGGAAAGGCAAGGGGAAAGGUCAAAAGGGAAAGCGAAAGAAAAACCGCGACAAAAUGCGGGAUUUUACUCAUUGUAAACCCUGCUGCAGUACAUGUUCUGACAGGAAAAAAAGGCUAUACAUUCAGGACCCUGAAACAUGCCAGUGUACCUGCAAACACUCGGAGGCUGACUGCAAGCAAAAGCAGCUCGAGCUCAAUGAGAGGACUUGCAGAUGUGACAAGCCAAGGAGAUGAAGAGUGAUCAGCCUAUAUGUGCUUUUUUUUUCCUGAAUUAAGGCAUAAACACUAAUAAUUAAUAGCACCGCACUUUGAACCUUCAAUAUAGAUCUGUCAAACCCUGGACUCUUGAAGCAUUCCCCUCGAAUGACAGAGAGUGAGUGAGCGAGUGUGAGCGAGCAAGUCUUCCCCGUGUAAAUAUCACCGUAAAUGUGUAUAUUGAGUAAAGAUUUGAGUGAAGACUGAAAAGAACAGUACAAGUAGAAUUGCUGCUAUAUUGCUGCCAGAGACGGUUGGCCGUGUCAGUGCUUUUGGCUACACAUACGAAUACUCACUGAUGCAGCAUAUCACUGGAUUAGCCAUGUUUCCAUAUCCAUUCAUAUGAACAUUGACAAACAACAACGGAUAGACACCUUUUAAUGGGACUGAAAAUGAACCGUACGUGAAAGAAGACUGGAGUUUGUCAGGACUGGCCUCUGGAAAGAUAACUGAACAGUUCUGCCAGAAUACGAUAUCCAGCGUAACUCGUCUCGUCGAUGAAUGGCACAAGAAACGUAGAAAAAAAAAAACAACAAACAACAGAUCUUGUUUUAUCUGCUUUUUCUUUUUUUUUAAGGCAUGCCACUUAUUCUAUAUGGAGAUCACUUUGCCUUGAUUCUGUGACUUGACUUCAUUCUCUACUGAACGACAGAUGACUACUUGAGAUUUAUGGUCACUUAUUUCUUUAAAAUUGUGUGUAUCUUUAUUUUUUUUUUCUGUCAUUCAGCUUACAAUCACAAAAUGGAGAAUGCAAACACACAAGGUCAUUCGAAUGUUUAUUAAUAUCCAUUUUAUCACACGACCCCUCAAGUCCAUAAUUUAUAUUUUCAGUAUUCUUACUGUCCAUAUUUAAUUGGUUCUAUUUAUGUGCAGUGUUAUAUUCUGAUCUCUUUCUAAUCAUUGUUAUCGUCGAUCUGACGAUCCGAAGAAAGCGAGUACAUUCCCUCAGCUGAUCAUUUCUGUCUUUUCAGUUUGCCUCAAAAAUGUUUUUCUCUGCAUAUAUAAGGGUUGUGCGCUUUCUAAAAAAAAAAGCUAGGUGUGUGUGUGUGUGUGUGCGUGUUUGUGUGUGUGUGUGUGUGUGUGUGUGUGUGAGAGAGAGAGAUUGAGGCAGUGUGUAGUAUUAGAGACAGGGAAACUAAACUAGACUUGUGAGUGUGUUUUGAAGGCUCUUUACCUAUAACAAUAAAAUCUAGCCAAAAGAAAUCUUAGGCUACCAAACACCUGCUACUUUUUAUUUUAUUUUAUUGUUGUCAUGUAGAAAAGGUUGCCAAGUUUAGUUUAUUUACAUUCUCAGUUAUUUAUUUACUCCCUGUACAUAUGUCUAGAUUUAAGGUCUUUUUUUUUGUGUUUGUGUAAUGUAGUAAAGUAUAUUUAUUUUCAAAUUAUAUUACUUUUUUUUCUAUAAAAUGUUUGAAAAUC